AGGUCACGUGUGAGCUUAUCAUGUGAUAAAUGCCUUCAAAAUUUGUAGCAGGUUGUUUUUGUCUUGUGUUUGUGGCGAUGCGGUGAAAAGAGGACAUUUCUCAUUCUACCUAUUACAUCUGCCUUCACAAAACUGCGAGGUUUUGAGAGGAGUAUGCAGCAGCAUCCAGAGCUCUGUUAAUAACAGCAGAACUGUUUUUGCCUCUCUAAAGCCAUCUAUUCACAAUGGCUCUUCAAAUGGGAGUCUUGUUUCUAGCUUUUCUGGGCCUGAGUGCAGCACUGAUCUGCCCUAAUGGGAGCAUGUGUGGAGAUGAAGACACCUGCUGCAAGAACACUCAGGGAGGCUAUAGCUGUUGUCCGCUGCCACAUGCGGAGUGUUGUUCAGACCACCUCCACUGCUGCUACCAGGGGACAGUGUGCGAUCUGGUCCAUCAGAAAUGUAUUAAUAAAACAGUUUCACUUCCGAUGGUGAAGCGACUUCCCAGUAAGCAGAGAUCAUCUGCCUCUCAGCUCGUCAGCGGAGUGAAGGCAGUCAUGUGUCCGGACCAUGAGUCGGAGUGUCCUGAUGACACCACCUGCUGCCAGCUUUAUGAUUCUUCUUGGGGUUGCUGUCCGUUACCUAAGGCGGUUUGUUGUGAGGAUAAACGCCACUGUUGCCCUGGAGGAUCAAAAUGCGAUCUCGUCCACUUAAAGUGUGUUUCUCCAUCACUUGAGUCGUUCCCGAUGCUGGAAAAACUACCAGCGAAAAGAUCGAAGGAUAGGCCAGUUUCUGUGGCUGGUUCAGUGAUUUGUCCUGAUGGGGAAAGCAGCUGCCCAGAUGGUUAUACAUGCUGCGUCCAGGCCAGCGGACAAUACGGCUGCUGCCCUUACAAAGAGGCCACGUGUUGCAAUGAUCAUCUUCAUUGUUGUCCAAGCAACACAACAUGUGACCUAACACAUGGAGUCUGUAAGUCUGGAGGGAUCGAAGUGCCGCUGACGAGGAGGAUUCCUGCUGCAUCCCGCGACGUCGAGUGUCCAGAUAAGAAAACGGUCUGUCCUGAUGGGACGACGUGUUGCCAGAUGACCAACGGAUCGUUCGGCUGCUGUCCUAUGCCUGACGCUGUCUGUUGUUCCGACCACAUCCACUGCUGCCCUUCAGGGACAAAAUGCGACCUGAAACACAGCACCUGUGUGUCCUUCCAAGACGACGCUCCCCUGCCCAUUAAGAAGCUCCCGACCAUGACGAACCAGGGCCCAGUGCAGAGCAAAGUCCAUGCUGUUCCCUGUAAUGCCUCUGUGGCCUGCGCUGAUGGAAACACCUGCUGCAAAUCGCCAACAGGAAAGUGGGCCUGUUGUCCUUUACCUCAGGCUGUGUGCUGCAAGGACCACCUGCACUGCUGUCCCAGUGGCACCGUCUGUAACCUGGCGGCCUCUACGUGCGAUCAUCCCUCAGGCGUAGCGCUGAUGCCGCUGCUCUCCAAUACGCCCGUCUUUCCUCUGCUGACAGAAAACGACAAGUGCGACGAAUCCACGUCCUGUCCCGGAAAUGCUACCUGCUGCAAGACAGUGAGUGGGGCAUGGGCCUGCUGUCCUCUACCCAAGGCUGUCUGUUGUGAUGACCACGUCCACUGCUGUCCUCACGGCACCGUUUGCAACUUGGAGGCUGAAACUUGCGACGACUCCUCCGGUGUCUUUCUGCCGCUUCCCCUGCUGACCAAAGUUCCCGCUCUGACCAGUCGAGUUCAGCAGGAGAAAAUCAUGUGUGACCGUCAGACCAGCUGCCCGAAAGACACGACCUGCUGCUUCAUGGAGAGGACCCACAAAUGGGGCUGCUGCCCUCUGCCGGAGGCAGUGUGUUGUAAAGAUGGAAUCCACUGCUGCCCCAGUGGACACACCUGCGACCCCCACCGGUCCUCGUGCUCCAGCGGCCCUCGUCGGAUCCCCUGGUCCACCAAACUGGGCGCUCUGGCCGAGCCGAGCGCGUUGACCGACGUUAAAUGCGACAACACGAGCAGCUGCGCCACGGGAACGACCUGCUGCAAACUUCCGAGCGGCGAGUGGGGCUGCUGCCCGUUGCUGAAGGCGGUUUGCUGCCCUGACCACGAGCACUGCUGUCCUCAGGGCUACACAUGCAACAUGCAGACUAAAACGUGUGAGAAGAAAGGCUACAAUCUGCAGCUCACCACCGCCCUCCUGAGUAAAGAACAGUCUGCUCUGAGAGAGGCAGUGGAGGAAACAAACGUACAAUGUGAUAGCACAGGAGUGUUUCUCUGCCCCGCAAACUCCACCUGCUGUAAGAUUUCAGCUACAGAGUGGAGCUGCUGUCCCUUUGCCAAGGGUGAAUGCUGCGCAGACAUGAAGCACUGCUGUCCCGUUGGGUACUCAUGUGACCUGAAGGCCAGAAGUUGCACUCCACAAACUCAGCUGACCUGGGAUUCGUUGCUGGGGGUCAGACAUAAAGACUUGGUCCGUCGUGGACUUUAAUCUGGCAGAGUUGCAGAUGAUCUGCAGCCCCGAAUGCUUUCCAUAAAUCCGUUGCUUGAGUUACUGUGGACAAAGUGGGAGUUAUCUCGGCGUCCUUUUUGGUUUCUCUUAAUUGCAUUUUUGUUUUCUUUUUGUAGUCUUUUGUGUUGCUGUUGUUGAAGUGUAGUGAUUGGGAAUAGGUUUUGCUUUUGUGGAGUUGGCUGUUCAUUUCAUUUUUUAUGUCUCUCCAUUUAAACUUAUCCUUAUCAUUUCAACACUGAAUGGGGAUCUAGUUCGUCUUCUGCACCAUUUCUGUAAAUCACUCCAGAUGUAGAAGAAACUUUUAUCUACAACAGGUGGGAAUGCAGGAAAUUCACGUUCAAUUGAUAUUAAACACAAAUAUUUCAUACAUUUCACAAAAGUAAACCAAUAAAGCAAACAUUUAAAUUUGCACAUGCAUUCAAGAGGCUAGAGUGAAAAUGACAUGUAUUCCAAAUAAAGAGAAGGCAGCCUAGAAACAUCAAGUAAAAUGUCUGACUUAUUUUUCUGAAAAGAAAUUUCUGUCUUUGGAUCUGAGUUACAAAAAGUCUAAAGCGUCAGCUUAGUUUAAGAAAAUUUGCCUUGUGCAUCUUUUCUGACAAAGGAGUUCUGUUUAUCCACUAAGAGGAACAGAUGUUCACAAAACCAAGUCUGGUUAGAUCACCAACUGUAGUCCUGAAGGUUUCACUGUACAGCUGCCGUCAGCUUCUGUUCAGACUCUGUCCAUCCUGUUGGCUCUGCCGACUGUCUAGUUUGAACACUGCUGAUAUUAGGUGUUUUUUUUUUUUUGUUUGUUUGUUUUUUGUUUUUUGGUGGGUUUAAAUGUUUCAUCGGAUUGGUUAAUGGCUCCAAAAAGUUGCUUUAAAUGAGUUGAAGACUGUGGCAAAUAUAUCAGAUGGUUCCAUUUGUAAUUUCUGAUUUUGCACGAAUGAAUGAAUAAGCACAGACUUUAAUAAGUUUCCUUUAAAUUUCUAAAUGUUCAGCUGUGAAGGGAUUUUUGGGUGAUACUAGAGAUUUGAAUUAAUGUAUUGGUUCUGUGUUUCAUGCAGCCUGUAGAUGUUUUAAUUUUUCUUUUUUUUUUUUCUUUCUAAACUUGGUAAAAGGAAAAUAAAACAAUAAGGUGUGCCUUAUUUAAUAGUGUGUGGGUUUUUGAGAUGUUGUGGAGUCUAUUAAUAAAAAAUAUCUCCUU